AUGGCGGACCAAACCCUUCACAUAGCAAUGAACCCAUGGUUUGCUCUUGGCCAUCUUACUGCGUUCCUUCAUAUGGCGAACAAGCUUGCAAAGAGAGGCCAUAAGGUCUCAUUCUUCGUACCAAAAAAUGCAUCACUCAAACUGGAACAUCUCAAUCUCCAUCCACAUCUCAUCUCCUUCAUUCCCAUCAAGGUCCCCCACGUUAAUGGCCUCCCUUCUGGGUCUGAAACCACCCAUGAUGUUCCAUUUUCGUUACGGUUCCUUCUCGUGAAGGCAAUGGACCUCACUGAGCCUUUCAUUGAAGCUGCCCUGCGAGAUCUCAAACCCCAGUUCAUCUUCUUCGACUUUCAGCACUGGAUGCCUCAGUUGGCACGUCGCUUAAGAACCAAGGCUUUUCAUUUCUGCACAAUAAGCCCUGCGUCUGUUGGUUAUCUGUUAAGUCCUGAAAGGAAGGUCCUGGAAGAGCAUGCUGCCACAGAAACUGAUUUCAUGGCCCCUCCACCUAGCUUUCCUCCUUCGGCCAUUACGGUUCAACUAUAUGCAGCUAGAAUGUUGGCCAAAGUUUCUGUGAAGGAACCUGAUGAGGAUAAUGGAGUUUCGUUCAUAGAGAGAAAUGUGAUCGCUUUCACUGACUGUGACGCCAUUGUUUUCAAAACAUGCAAGGAAAUAGAAGGGCCCUACAUUGAUUACCUCGAACGGCAAUUCAACAAGCCAAUCUUUCUAGCAGGACCAGUUUUGCCCCAUCCACCACCAAAUUCAACCUUGGAAGAAAGAUGGGUGAAAUGGCUGGGAAGUUUCAGUCCAAGAUCAGUAAUCUUCUGUGCAUUUGGAAGCGAAUGCAUUCUAAAGAAAGACCAGUUUCAGGAACUUCUCUUAGGUCUUGAACUCACAGGUAUGCCUUUUCUAGCUGCACUAAAACCUCCCAUGGGAACUGAAACAAUUGAGUCAGCAUUGCCUGAAGGGUUUGAUGAGAGAGUAAAAGGAAGAGGGAUUGUUUAUGGAGGUUGGAUUCAACAGGUUUUAAUGUUAAAUCAUCCUUCUGUGGGUUGUUUUCUAAGUCAUUGUGGAUCUGGGUCCAUGACAGAAGCAUUAUGCGGUGAAGCUCAACUGGUACUGUUACCUAAUUUUGGAGAUCAGUUCAUAAAUUCAAAAGUGAUGAGUGAGGAUCUGAAAGUUGGAGUGGAAGUUGAGAGAGAAGAAGAAGAUGGAGUCUUCACGAGGGAAAGUGUGUGCAAGGCUGUGAAAGUGGUUAUGGAUGGUGACGGUGAAAUAGGUCAAAAGAUCAGAAGUAAUCACAAUAAAUGGAGACAGUUGUUGCUUGCAACUGGACUUGAAGAUGCUUAUCUCGAUGAAUUUGUUCACAAGUUACGUUCUCUGAUCUAUUAAUCUUGAAUUGAGAAGAUUCAAGCUGUUCAUUGAGCCACGGUUUAUCUUGAGAUUGUGCUACACACACACACACAUAUAUAUGUGCAAUAAUUUUCUGAGCUCAAGUUAUUUCAUCAUGCAGCUGGAAAUUAGCUAUAAUAUAUCCUUUUAUCUCUCAACUCGGUUUAAUUUGGCUGCCAAUAUGAGUAACUGUCUUGUAUCUAGUAAUCUAGAGCUUUUAUGUUUUGACCUGUAAACUUUUCUUUAAAUUCGUAUUUGGCAAGUGUAUUGUUGUAUUUGUACUUUUGCUUUUUCAUAUAAUAUAAUUAGUUUUUUUUAA